CUGAAUCUAGGUUAAGAGAAAGAAAGAGAGAGGCGCCGCCAACAAACCGUUGAACAGCAAACCUGCGAACUUCAUCCUUAACUCAAAUUGUCUGAUUUGAGUUUCCGCCACCAUGGGAUUGGAAUUAGCAGCACAGAAAGUUGAAAUGGACGAUGUAGAGGAUGCGAAUCUCAGCGAUUUUCAGCUUGUGCGCCACGUAAGAGAUGCACUAAGCUCAGCCGUUCAGGGUGAUCUCGUCAGUUAUGAUCAGCUUCUCAGUGUUAUUCACCGGAAAAAGAACCUUUCCCCAGACGAGGUUGCAUUGCUGGUGACGUGUUUAAAAGCACUGUCAGGAGCAGUUUCCUUUAUUGAUAUUACAUAUCAUGACGCCUUGCUCACUUCAAUAUUCGGAAUGAACUUGUGGAACUAUGGGCGCGAUGUGAUGGGUGCAUUGAUUGAGCUAAUUACAUCCUUGGUUGGCAGUGGAAAAUACAUAGAUUCAUGCUUGGAAAUGCUUGUAAGCAAUUUUGCGCCUCCUCGUACUUUCUUGGAUUUGCUAAAGCAGCCACUAGGUUCUGCAAGGAAGGGCCAAGUUAUUAGUUGUGUGCAUUCUGCACUGGAAGUAAUUUCAGACUUGGUGCCUCUUGCACCUGCGAGGUUGUUGCCCAUUGUUGUUAUGAAAAUGCCUAAUAUAUAUGCGCAAGAGAAAGAGAUUUCUGUAUAUGUUGAAAAUAUGUUAAUAUUGGAAAGCAGCGCCCUAGGAGACCUUGUUGGAAACACGUUGCUUACAGCAGUGAUGGAUAGACUUAUAGACUUUGAUGUAGAAAUAAAAUGGAAAGAUAUUCUGUGUGAUGAUUCCAGUAAAGGGAUAUUUGAGAUGGAGCUAGAAGAUUUAGAUGAUUUUCCGUUUGACGAUGAUGCAGAAGAUUUUGAGAUUCCAGGAGGAUUCACAAGAUCUAAUAAUCUUAAUUGCAAUAUACUGGCAGAAAAAUUAGACAGUUUGUUAGUGCUCAUGUUUGAACAUCUCAAAUCAUGCCAUGAAAAUGGCCGUUUGGUAAAGAUAUUUGAGACUCUCCUCAAGUCCUUUGAAAUGACUGUUAUGAGUGCUCAUGAGCCCAAGUUUACUCAGUUUGUCUUGUUCUAUGCCUGUUCGCUAGAUCCUGAUAAUUGUGGUGUGAGGUUUGCAAAUCUGCUUGCAGAUAUUUUCACCCAAAAAACCUACCCACUAAAGAAGAGGAGGAUCGCAAUUGCAUAUCUUGCCGGUUUCUUGUCUCGUGCAAACUUUCUACCUCUCACCUUCGUUGUUAAGAUGUUGCAAAGAUUGGUCAACUGGUGCUGGACAUAUUGCCAAGUUCAGGAAAGUGAAAUUAUUCCACAAGCUCACUUGAUUUUCUAUGACACUGUCCAGGCUAUAUUGUAUGUUCUUUGCUUUCGUAUGAGAUCAAUAAUUGAUGAUUCUCGCCUUCUAUCAGAACUUACCAAUUCCCCUCUGGAAGCAAUUUUUAAACAUCGGUUAAUUCCUUUAAAGGGUUGUCUUCCAAUAAUAGUGGAAGAAUUCCUACGACAGUCAAGAGCAGCUGGUCUUUUCACAUCGACUCAGGCCUUUGUAUUUGAUAAUAUGCUGAAGCGCGAAACUUUCUUCCCUUUGGACCCUUGUUUAUUACGAAAAUCAGCAGGAUUCCUUCAACCAACGUUCAUAUAUUGGUCUAUGGUUAACACUACAUACGAUGACGAAGAUGAAAAUAGCGAAGAUGAAGCCGAAGUUUACCUAGGGAGUGCAGCUAUUGAUGCAAUGGCCACUAGUUUUGUGGAGGAAGAAUUUGACCUGGAAGGAUUUAAUAAAAUGUCAAUCACACCAAAAAGCAUCAACUAUAAGUUUGGAAGGGAUUACAAAAAGAUGAUGCCCUCAAGAAUCAGACCCUCUACAAGCCCGGAAUCUUUGUGAAGAACAGGAGCCAAAGAGCAAGUAUUAGCUUUCAGAAAAGGGUUUUGGUUAUUCAAGUACUUCACUCCCUAAUAUUUCUCAAAGUUUGUGCAUAUAUAUGGUAGUAUAUUUUUCUCUUUUCAAGUUAUGUUUUGUGCUAUCAAUUUUGUCACUAGAAGUGAUUUGUUGUAUGUGUCAAAAGUAAAAACCAUCAAUUAUUAUUUAUCUAGUUUGCUUAUCAAUUUGAA